GAGUCCUUCUGUCGGCGCGCUCCUUUUGGGGUCUCACUCCUGACAGUAAUGGGAACCGCUCAGUCUGCGCAACGGGAGGGCAAGAAGGACUCAACUGCUGAGGAGGAGAGCGGAAAAGUGGAUGAUUCUCAGACUGGGAAGCAUGUUGAACACAAGGCACCCGAAAACAAUGAGCAGAUCCCUGAAAUAAGUGGCAAAGCAGCUGGCUCUGUAGCAGAAGUUAAUGGUCGCUGUGAGGAUGGGAUCACUGCAGAGGCUAUCCUUUCACCAGACAGAGAUGUUACAGGAGCAGAAGGGCCAAUUAAAGAAGAAGUACCACUGGAAAAUGUUACAGUUAAUGAAAAGGAAUCACCUAAUGAAGAAGUACCCCUGGUUGAAAUGGAUGCAAAGCAGAAUGAUAUCAAUGAAAGUUUCAGGAGAUUUUUCAGUAAUAUUGGCUUGAAAAUGACAGUAAAGAUGGGCUCGACUGAAAGAACUUCAGAUGUGCCUGUUGAGACCCACAAGGAAAAACCAGACAGAUCAGAAGAAGAUACCACAAAGGAAACUGAAAAUGAGAAUGCUGAAGAGAAGAGCGAUCUUAAAGCAGAACACAAGACUUAUUACGAUUCAGCAUGUCCCACCUUGACAACUGUCAAAUCUCAGGACCUUGUAGAAAAUGUAGAGGAGAAUGCAACAGAAACCAAACAUGGGGUUUGUUCUGAAAAUGUAGGUGGAACAACAAAUUUAUCUCUAGUUGAACAUGAGAAAGCACAACAGGAUGCUACACCUGAAGAAGAGAUAGUUGUAUCUUCAAUUAAAAGUUUUUUUACAACUGGAAUCUUUUCUGGACUGCGGAAGAAGAAGAAACCUAGAGAGAAUGAGGCAACUGAGAAUGAACUGGUAGACAAGAGGAAAACAGAAACUGUAGAGACAGCAAAAACUUUGGAAGGGCAACAACAGGAUGAAGAGGGGAUUAGUCAAGGUGCUGAGACAGAACACAAAGAAGAUGAACUUAAAGAGGACAUCCUGACUACUGCGUCAACUCAGACAACGGAUGAGGAGCAACCACCUUCUACAGAUCCAUCAACCAUUACUGUCAUUGAGUCUGAAAUUCUGGGUUCUCAAGAGAAAGACAAAGUUCAAGCUAGUCCUCUAAAAAGGCUCCUGUCUGGGUCUAGUUUAAAGAAGCUCUCCAAAAAACAAAGAGGCAGGAAAUCAAGUGAUGCUAAACUGUCUGAUUCUGUAGAACAUGUUUCAGAUCAGCUCCUGUCAUCUACCGAGUCAACUGAGAACCAGAAAGAAGAAAGUCCUGCAGGAGAGGAGGAUGGUGCGUGGGUGUCUUUUAAAAAUCUUGUCACGCCAAAAAAGCGCAUGAAGAGUUCGUCCUCCAGUAACGAAGAGACACAAAUCCCAAGUUCAGCACAGGAAUCAAAGUCAAGUGAGGGUGAGCAAAUAUCAGACCACAGCACAGAAGAAGGCAAAAGAAGGAAAGAUUCAUCUGUCUCAUGGGAAGCUGUUUUGUGUGGAUCCAGAAGGAGAAGAAGCCGAAAAACAUCAGACUCUGAGGAUGAAACACCCCCAGUUGAGAGUGACAAUAACAAGCAAGAAUUGCCAGUACAAGGUUCUAAUGAGGAUGAUGAAAUUUUAACCUGUUAUCCUAAACAAGCAGGAAGUCCUUCAGAUGGUGAUGGAGGGUCAACAUGGAAAUCAUUUAAAAAACUAGUCACCCCGAUAAGGAAAGUCAAGGAUGUGGAUGAAAGACAUGAUAUUAUAAAAUCUGAUAGUGAAGUUAUUCAGGAUGAUUCCUCCUUUGCAAUGAAGAAACUUCUCCCAGGGCGAAAAAAGAGAAAGUCUGUCGAAAAGCGAGACCAAGUAUCUUCAGAUGAGACUUAUGAGGAAGUAACUUCAGGUGAUGAAGACACUGAGACACCAGCUGUGGUUCCAUUGUCUGAAUUUGACAGUGCUGAGACAGGAGUUCACAUACAAACACAGGCAGAUAUAGAAAGUUAUGUACCCAGUGAAGCUGACAAUGAACUCUCACAGGAUCCUGUCCGGAUGUCUAAACUAGUCCUACCUUGUGAAAGUCUGCAAACUGAAGAAAAAAAGGUCAAAGACAAUAAGGAUCCUUUGGAAAAUGGGACAUCUACAACCCCUGCUUCAAAUGAAGAACCUGAGGACCUUACAGAAUUAAUCAGUAAACAUCAGCAACUCAGUGAUAUUCCAGAGGAGGGUGUAAUUACAGAGACCAUGGUCACUCCAACUUCAUUCACUGAAAUGCCACUUAGAGAUGACACUAUAGCAGAAGAUGUGGUAGAGAUAACAUCCGAGGCCAUAACUGCACUAGAGCCUGUAGACAUUUCCCAGACAGAUGAAAGUGAGAUGAUCUCUGCAGUUUCCCAGUUAUCAGAGUCUUCAAAAACAUCUGGAAACACAACACCAGUCCCAGCAGAAUACGACAUCAAGGACACAGAGGUGCUCCUGCAGCAUGUGGUUGAAAUCAUUUCUAUAAACCCACAGGCAGACCCAGUCUGUUCAGAUGAGAUACACACAGAAAGAAUAGCUGUUUCUGUCUCCCAUCAAAUACUUGAAACAUUCGUAAAAGGUGAGGCAACAGUUUUGGAACUACACAGGAGAUUAGAGGCAACUGCCAUUAACACAGGUCUAUAUGUUGAAGAACCGGAUGCAGUUCAUGAACUUGCAGCAACAGCUCAAACAGCGAGCAUAUCUGAAGUCAAAGAAGCAGUUUACACAGAAACUGUAUCUAAAGGUUCUACUGAGCAGUUCCAUCCUGCUGAUACUGCUGUAGAUGAAGUACAUGAGGCCAACAUUAAACAUCCAGAAGAAAGCAUAAAGGAAUUAAAAAGCACUAAUGAGAGCCACGCUCAGCUGAGAUGCUUAUCUGAGGUAACUGAAGCUACUUCUACAGAGAUGCUGCCUGAAAAUGUUGUGGAUGAAGGUUCUUUAAUUGAGGAACAUCAAGCUGAAACAGAGACCUCACAAACUGACUUUCAAAAAGCAGAAUCAGCUGCUAAAGUGGAAGAGGAAACUAAGAAUGGAGCUGUUGAGCACAAAGUCCAAACUAUGUUAACAAGGAAAGCUGAAAUUAUAGAGAUUAUCUCUGAUCAAGUUCAGGCUGACGAUCAAGACCAACCGCCCGUAGUGGAGGAGGAGUGGCAAGCAGUAACAGCUGUAGAAGCAGCCACAUUAAAUUCAGAAGAAGGACCCGUUCGAUUAGCUGAAAAGGAGGUAAUAUCAGAGGCCAUUCCAGCAGGAGAAGCGGCUACAAAUGAACCCAAAGAGGAAAUGGAAUCCUUCAUUGAACUUAAUUUUGACCCAGAAAAGGAAAAUGAACUACAAACACAUGCUGCUAAAACUGAAAAUGUUCAAGUACCAGAAAUAUCAGAAGCUGUACAAGAAACUGCAUUAGAGGCAGAGAUUGGGAGUAUGCAAGUACAAGAGAAGAAAAUAGCAGUGUCAGUGGACAUUCCACCAGCAGAAACAGUCACAGAUGAACCCAAACAGACAGCAGAGCAGCCCACUGAGGUCUGUAUUGAGCCAGUAAACAAUGAGCCAGCGGUGGAUGCUCCCAUAACUGACCAUCAUCAAGUUACAAAGGUUUUAAAGGCUGCACUAGAUUUAAAGGAAGGUAGUGUUCAACCACUCAAAAAACAGCCAAAAACUGUUAAAGAGGGACCCAAAGUGGAAACAGAGCCUCUCAGUGAGGUCACUUUUGAGCCAGUGGAUGCUUCCAAAACUGAACCAGAAGUGUUACAAGAUGUACAAGUCAUGAAACAAGAUUCAGAGCAGUGCAGUGUUGUGUCAUUUGAAAAGGAAGUAAAAUUAGAAGAGAUGAUAACAUUUCACCCCAGCAUUUCAGGUGAACCAACACAGGCAGCUGAAGGCAGUGCUGAGCCAGAGGAAGAACCACCAGUAGAAGAUACCAAAACUGAACAUGUUCAAGAACCAGAUGUAUUACCAUGUGAUGUAAAAGACACCAUGCCAGAAAAAGAAAUUCUGGAAGGGGCAUCCACAAGUUUGUCUGGGCAUGUAGUCACACAAAGCAUGGAAGAAGGUAGCACUCAGGAACCUGAAAAGCAAGUACAGCUAGAAGACGCUCCCAAACCAAAGACCAAUGAUGCCAUUGCUUCAGUUACAGCUAAAACUGAGAUUGAAGCGUUGGCAGAAGUGAAACAGGGUUUAGAAAUCAAUGAGGAUAAAGAAACUGAGGGUAUCCCACAAGAUGUUCUGAUUGGGCAGGACGACAGAGGCCCUGAAGUUGUAGACAAGCUACAAACAUUAUCAGCAGCUCACAUACCUUUUUCUAACGUGGAAGCGAGUAGUGCACAUGACUCGGAAAAGAGAGUUACUUCUGAAGAAACUCCAGCAUCUUGUGCAGAUAAUGCCUCAGUUACACACGAACCCAAACAUGAGGUGCAAGUCACUGUCGAGGGAGAAAAUCAAGGUGAACUUCCUGGUGCUGACAUAAUAACUGCUGUGACUCAGCAUGCCAUAGCAGCACAGGUAAUUACAUGCGAUCUAAAAGAUGUCUCAGCUGUAACACCUGAUGUUAUGAUAAAGAAAACAUCAGAAAUGGAAGAACCAUUGAGAGAAACAACAGCAAAUGAGGUAGAGUUCAAGCAGGAAGCUGAGACUGCGACACCACUAGUGAAACAUAAUGUGACUGAGACAGCAAAGGAAGCUAGUGUGGUUGUGAUGAUGCAUGUUGCUUCAGUAGAGCUUGAGGACAGUCACAGAAUUCAAGUGCAGGUGGUUGAUGCCGAUGUAAAAUCAGCCGAGAUGAUUGUUGACUCAGUGCUUGAGGCAGAGGUAACAGAAGUCAAAGAAGUCAUAGAUGUUUGUCAUGAAACUGUGAAAGCAGUAGACAGUCUCUUUACCACAAAGAAGAUUGAAGGGAGAUUGAUUGAGGAAACCAAGGCGAACAUUCAAGAAGUUAUUUAUCAUGUAAAAGAGAAAUUAUCAUUGGAAGAUCAAUCAAGAUUUCAGGAUCAAAUUGUCAACUUGGAACAAGAAGUUAUAAACCAAGAUGGUGUGACAGAAGUGACUGAGAUGGUUGGAAGUGAAUUAAAUGAAGUGGAGAAUCAAAACCUAAUUGAAGAUACAACUAUCCAUGACUGCAAAGACGAUUUAGAGGAACCUAAAGCUGAACUGGCAAAAUGCGAAGCAGGUGUCACAGCUGAAGAGGCCAAAUUGUCAUCAGAGGAAUUAGAUGUGAAGAAAAUUCAUGAAAAAGCACAAACUUCACAAAUUUGCCUGAGUCAAAUUGUAACUCCAAGCAGCGCAGGAUUACUAGUCCCUCAAAACACCGGAAUCAUCUCAUCGAUAUGUAAUUUGGAGUUUCCUUCAAGUCUUUUAGAAUCCAAACUUAACAUACAGUUUGGGCAAACAAUGGCACCAUCUUCCCCACCACCUACAACAGAGAGAGCUGAACAAGUGAAAGAGACAGAUGUGUCAGAGGUCAAUGUUCAGGCAGUAGCAGAACGAGAAAAGUCAUUAAAUGCAACGCAAAGACCUGAGAGCCAGAAACAGACAGCACUACCUGAGGUUUCUGUUCAGGCAACAGAAGGUACACAACCAGAAAUAGCUAAGUUAGAUUCAGCACAGAGAGCAGCGAUCAUGACUCAGCCUGUAGUACUGGACACCAGCAUCCAAGCAAUGGAAACGAUGGAAUCGGGACAAGAAACCAAAUCUACAGAAAGAGUAGCCCCCAAUGUCCAGGGGACAGAACCUGCACAACUGGUAAAGCAAACAAAGAAAAGAGAAGUGUUUGUGUGUCAGCCUUUACUCUCUGACAAAGAAACAAAGGCAAAAGAGUCUGUUAAACAAAAAGAGAACGAAAAUGACUCUGAUGUGUGGACGGAUGCUGAGGAAGACUUUUACACUAAAGAGGAAGCAGGGGUGUCUCUUGUUAGGGUGGAGGCACUGCUAGAACAUCAGACAGAAGAGGUAAAGGCAGGACCAGAUCAUAAAUUUAAAAUGGCUCCUACUUCCAAGACUAGGGAAGAAGAAACUCAACAAGAAAUGUACAAAACAGGAGUAACAUGUGAAACUGAAGAUGAGGGUGAAGACUUUUCUGUUGCACUUGAGCAUCCAGAGAGUGCAACCAGAAGCAUCACUACAGUGGAGUAGGAUAAGUCAACCCAACUUCAGUCUCACUGACUGGGUUGGACGAUCAAAAACAAAGUCUCUCAAAGUCUGCAAGAAGUUUUCAAAAAGCCAUUAAAGAGGAAGAGUGGCUAUGGUUUGGAAAAUAGGAAACAGCAUUUUGAAGCUUUUGACAUUAUGCUCAACCAAAAAUAUUUCUUUAUUGGUCAAACUACUCCUGAUUUGCUAGAUUAUUGUACUAAUAUUAUAUAGUAUGUUGAUUCAUGAGAGACCUAGCAAGAGAAACAUGGACUGGAAAAGCGCUAAUCUUCUCAGGGGACAUGAGGUGAUUUUAAGGGUGUGACACCGAACUGUACUGGCCUCUUUUAGCAAAUGUAAUUAGCAGUUUGCUUUGUAAUGCACUUUCAUUACUAAUCAUGUUACAUAUUUUCAACCAUAGCUCACAUCAGAUUCUGUUUUGAAAUAAAACGUACAUGUCUAGGACAACAAGACUAUUUUGGUUAGCAUUGUUUUUUCUUGUUAUGAUAAAAUGCCUUGAAAACAUUGUAAGUUAACAUAAUUCACAAUGUACAGGACCCAGGAACAGCACAUUAAUCUCUCGAUAUACAGUAGAUAAGUAUAUGUAUGUAUUUCACAGCUUUCACUAAACAUCAUCUAUGUUCAGAAAUGAUCUAACAGUUUCACUUAAAUACACAUAUUUCCCAUGAGUUCUAUGCAACAGGCCUGAGCACACUGCAGACAUAUAGUAUGGUAUUACUGUAAAGUGUAUUACAGUAUAGUUUACAUAAUGGCCAUUUUAAUGCUUAAACAGACUGAACUGUGCUACUUUCUACUGUGAGUUUUUAAAAUAUAAGCAUGAUGAAAGCAUUAGUUUGUUUUUACUUUUAUCAUUUUAAUCCUUACAUAUGUUUAUCAUUAAUAUAUGAUAAUGAUAAUUAGCAGAACCUUAACAAUCAUGGCAGCUUUACUUGUCGUGCAUUUCACUGCUGUGUGUGUGCUGUGCGUCUCAGUGAGCUCAUGCCAUCACCGAUACGACAGGCUCAGAUAUUAAAAGGUGGUGGUGGUACGAGUCAGUGUCAGCUGUUUGGUUUCACCUUCUCACAUACUAACUUCAAUGGAACAUUCUUGCUGAUGUGUUAACUAUUGACUAAAUACAAAACAUAAACCUGA